AGGAGCCGGCCGGGGACGGCGAACGGGGGAGCCGCGCCGCCGCUUCGGGCCCGCGCUCCCCCCCGGCCGCCCGCCCGUCCCGGAGCCUCUCCCCGGCGGCGGGCAGCGGGAGGAUGUCGGGCAGCACGGCGAGGAAGGUGCAGCCCUUCACCAUCAGCACCAAGCUCUCGCUGCCCAAGUGCGCCGCCGAGUUCUCCGCCGACUCCUGCCCCGGCAUCGCCCUCGCCUCCGCGCUGGACGGCCGCCGCGGGCUCCGUGCCGGCCUGGAGCAGCGCAUCUCCCUGUAUCUGGCCCAGGCGCGGGCCGGCCCCCGCGAGCAGCCCCGCGGCACCGACACCGGCCCAGGCGAGGAGGAGAGGGUGAGCCGCGGUGUCUUGGGGCGCUCCAUCAAGAGGAUCACGCUGUCCAACUGGCACGGGGGGGACGCGGGGGCACAACGGGACCCCGCCCGGGCCGGCGGCGAGAAGAACCACAACAACAACAACAGCGGCGCGGGGACGGCGCACGUCAAGGUCUUUCUCAGGAAGGAUGUGGAUGCUGAGGAUGAGAAGCAUGAGGCUGGCAGUCCGCGGUCCGGUGGUUUCUGCUCUCCCGUGGACAGAGGUUCCCCUUUUGGUAUGCUGGUGGGAGCCCCCACAGCAGCACCCCACAGGGAGAGCCCCAGGAGCAAGGAGCUGGCGGCAGCAAGAAGCAGCGGGCAGAUUGCUGUGGGACCCCCGGGUCUUCCUGAGCCGAGCCCCCCGCUCGCCCAGUUCAACCGGGAGGUGCUGCAGGCAGAAGGCUGGGUGCGAGGCAAGCUGCGGGACCUGAAGGAUGGCUGCGACCUCCAGGACUGGGAACAGGCAGCUCAGACCCUGCAGAGGGAGAUGAAGGACUUUGAGAACACAUUGAUAAAGCUCAACCAGAUGGGUGAGCAGCUGAUGUGUGGGCCGAGCCCCUGUGCCGAGGCGGUGCGGAGGCAGCUGCUGGCCCUGCGGGAACAGUGGCAGCUCCUGAGACAGACAGCCACCAGCCAGAGCCGGGCCCUGGGUGGGCUGCGCAGUCUGCAGGACUUUGGCAGGAAGGCAGAGCGGCUGGAGACCUGGAUGCAGAGCAAGGAGGAGAAGCCAUCCCUGGAAGCACUCUUGCAGGAGAGCCCGGACAAGAUCCAGCUCACCCGCCGCAUCCUCGACUUGAAGCAGGAGGAGCAGCAGUUCCAGAACCUGCAUGAGGAGCUUAACAGCCUGGCCCAGAAGCUAGAGAAACAUGGCAAAAGUGAGAGCAGGAGCAUCUCUGCCCGGCGCAAGCACCUCAAUAAGAUGUGGCUCCGGCUGCAAGGGACUCUAAAGGAGCAACACGAGGCUCUGCAGCUGGCCCUGGAGGUUGCUGCCUUCCUGCAGCAAGCGGAUGCCCUACUGGAUGCCAUCCAUGCCAAGUGGAAGAGUGUCUGCAGCAUGGGGAAGCAAGGGGAAGCUGAGAUAGGCCGGGAUCAGGAUGUCAGGGAUAUAGCCAGCCAAGUGAUGAUGCUGGACGUGACUGUGUCCCAGCUGCUCAGCCUGCAGCCCAGUUUGGCAGCUCGUGUCACUGCCAAACACCGAGAUGUGAAGGAGAGCUGGGCCCAGCUCCAGCAGGCACUGAGGAACGAGAAGGCUCCAGCACUGGUUCCAGUGAGUGGUUUCCCAGGGAGUGAAGCUGUAGCUGCGAUCACUGAGCCCUGUGGACAUGUUAGUGUCCAGGAGUUGGAGGGGAAGAACACAGGAGACAGACAGAAGAGAGGUCGUGGUGUCACGGUGCAGAAGGACAUGUCGAGGAAGAUGGUGGAGCACAUGCAAGGCGAGAGGAGUAGCCCCGGAUCUGCAGCAGUGGGCGGGGACAGCAAGAGUGAAGCCCCAAGGACGGGGUUCCCCAUGCCUGACUGUCCCCCCCUCUGCAGGAAGAGGAGAGUACCUACAGAGGCAGAGGCUGAUCAGGGCACACGGCCACUGGAGGCCCAGGUGCAGGAUGCCUGCCAGGAGGGGCAGGAGAAAGCGGGCAGCCCACAGGUGGAGGCCAUGCUGCGGGAGCUGGGUGAGCUGUGGGAGGACUUGCAGAGGAAGCACCAGGAGAAUGGUGCGGUGCUGCGGGAAAUCGAUAAGGCACUGAGGCUGGUUGGGGAGCUGGACCGUGCUGAAAGAUGGCUGCAAGCAGUGGCCAGGUCACUCUCAGAGCCAGCCCCCAUGCGAAGCCCCACGGAGCUGCGGCGGGACCUGGAGGGGACAGACCAGCUGGAAAAGCAGCUCAUGCUGUGCGGCCUCAAGCUCCAGGCACUGCGGCAGGAGGCAGCGAGCGAGACAUCAAUGGAGCGUGAAGGGGCAAGGAAGAUGCAGAGGAAGGUGGAGAUGGUGGAGGAGAAGCUGGCACGAGUGCAGUCAGCACUGCGGCGCCGAGCUGCUGACCUGCGUGACUCCUUGGUGCUGUCCGAGUUCCUGCAGAACCUGCAAGAGGAGGAAUCACGGAACCAGCAGGGAUCUGUGGUGCCAGGGAGCAGGCGUCAUGACUCGCAGGGGGCUUUUCCCCCAUUCUUUGCCCAGUCUGAAGAUACUAAGGAGGUGAGCAGUCCUUUGGGAGAGCUGCAGGAGGCCGUGGAGAUGCUGAACAGUGCGAUGAAGGAGCGUGAGCGGGUUGUGGAGGUGGCAGUGGAGACGGAAAGCCUGGAGCGCCUGGUGGCAGAGGUGUCCCCGCGUCUGGAGGCCCUUUGCUGUGAAGCCAAGGCCCUGGCUCAUGACACUGCCCAAGCAGAGAGCGGUUUCACCACAGUGAAAAGCGAGAAGGACCUCCAGGGGCUGCAGAGCCUGCAGAGCCGGCAGCAGGAAAUGGAACGUGUGGUGUCAGAGGGCCUGCAGGGGAGGCUGGAGGAACUGGAGCGGAAAGCUUUCCAUUUGCAAGAGCUCUGCCCCACACACCUGUGCCCCAUCGGCCGGGAGGCACAGCGCACGCUACGGGUGUGGGCAGAGCUGCAGGAGCUGCUGCAGGAGACCCGUGUCCACGUGCAGCAGGCUGAUCGGCUGCGGCACUUCUUCAAGGAUUACUUGGCCAUGAUCUCCUGGACAGAGGACACACGGGCUCAGAUCUUCUCAGAGAGCCCAAGCAGCCACGGUCUCCUGGAGCCCAAGUGUGAGGAGCUGGAAAGGAAGAUCGAGGGGAAGCUGAAGGAGUUUGAGAAGCUGGCAGCAGCAGGGCAGCAGCUGGUGGCUGAGGAGCACAACUUGAGUGCAGUGAUCCAGGAGCGUCUGGAGGAGCUGCAGAGCAUGCUGGGCUGGGUGCUGGUGCGCUGGCGAGCACAGAGGCACCAGCGGGACCCUGGGAACAAGCAGGAGGACAGGAAAGACCCAGAGAGCCCCUUGCGAGCAUCCCCUGCUGGCCAGGAGCAGCAUGCCCCAUAUGCUCAGGAGAGCAUCCUCAGCCCAGACAGGAUCACACUCUGCUCACUCCCCACACCUGAGCCAGGUCCAGAGCCGCAGAUGCAGGUGGGAGCAGUGGGCUCCCUGCCAGCAUCACCUCUCUCAGACACACCACUGGGAGGGGAGCAGAGCUGGGGGGAGCCUAGCAACUUGGGACCCCCUGAGGAGGCUCUGGCCUGGGAUUCCUCUGAGACCUCUAUGCUGCUGCUGCCGCCACGGGGCCCCAGCGGGCUGGGGGGAACAGUCAACUUGAUCCUGAGCAUCAGCAAGAAGGGUGAGAAGAAGAAGGUGCAGAUUGAGGAGGCGCCAAGGACGGCACCACUGGAGGAGAGCUAUGGGGAGAAAGCCAGGAAGAGUUCCAGCACACCGCAGCCAGCAAAGCGACCGCCUGCCGCAUCCUGCCGCCCGCCAGCACCCGGUGCUGGCACAUCACCAGCUUCACACACCCUGCCCAAAGCCGGGGCCGGAUCCCUCUUCAACAGCCUGCAGCGGAGGGAGCGGGCAAGGGCUGAGCAGGCACGGCUGCUGACGCUGCAGGGCAUCAUGGGCUCCAGCUCCCUGCAGCCCCCGCCCGAGGAGCGCCGCGGCCCCACCAACACAUGGCCUCUCAAGUGCGGCCGCAGGAAGGCGGCGGGAGCAGCUCCCAGCCCCCCACUUGGAGAGCUGCUGCUGUACGUGAAGAACCCCUUGGUGCGGGACAUUGAUGCUGAGUGCGGGGCGGCCCCUGGGCACCCCCAGCCCCGUUGCUUCUCCCCAGGGUCAAAGCCCGUGUGCCCCCAGCUCGCUCUGGGCUCCGUGCUGAGCCUGGAACUGCCCAAGGACCUGGGGUGCCUCCGGGAUGCGGCACCACGGGAGGAGGAGAGGCAGGGCACGGGAGUGCGGCUCUGGCAGCCCAGCUGCGAGGCCGGGUGGCAGAAGGAGGGCACGGGGAGGCAAAGUCAAGAUCUGGGGAAGGCCCCUAAGGGCGAGCGAGGAACGUGGUUUGAAGAGGUGAGCUUCAACCCCAGCUAUGGCCGGCACAAGGCCUGGGGCCUGGAGGAACGCGGCAGCCCACGGCAACCCAGCAGUGCUGGUGAGGGAAUCCUGGACUCUUGCCUGAGCCGGCCGCCCCGUGUCAGCAGCCGGGAGCGGGACGCAUUGGCUGUCCACUCAUACGAGGAUAGCAGCCCUGAAAGAAGGGCCAGGCAUCAUGAAGCUGCUCGUCUUGAGCUGGGGCCGUCCCCCACCAGCUCCUCGGGCAGGGCAGGAGCAGUCCCCAGUGCUGCCUGUGCUUCCUCCACUGCUCCCACCCAGCUCUCUGUCUUUGAGUGGGCGCUGGGCCCCCCGCAGCCCCCCAGCCCGGUGCUGGGUACCACCGAGGUGUGCCACCCUGCCCACAGGCAGUUUGAGGAGGAGGAGGAGGAGCUGCAGGCCAUCUGGGAUGGGGCGGGUGAGCGGCGGGCACCUGGCCACACAGCAGGCAGCCCCCACAGCUCCAACACAGGUGGCGGGCCCCUCAUCCUCUCAGCAGCCAACAAUGUGCUGGUGGCCAAGUUCACCCUGCCCGGCGCUGCCCAGCUCCUGCACAGCCCACCUGGGGAGAAGAGCCAUGGGGUCACCCCCUGUUUGGAGGAGCCGCCAUCCACAGCCCCCUUGGACAGCCCCGGCGUGUGGGAUCAGCAUAGGCAGCAGGAAGAGGAGAGAGAGGGCAGCAAGGCUGCCACCGGGAAAGUGGAGUUCCAGAUGAUGGAGGGGACGCUGGAAAGGAAACACGUGCUGCAGGCAGGGGGCAGAAAGGCGAGCUGCCGUACCUGGGGCCUCUUCCACGCUGUGCUGAUGAGGCAGACGUUGUGCUUCUACCAGGACCGCAGGGACAGCCUCAAGAGCUCCGUGGUGGCCCUUCCCCUGAACCUCGCCGGGGCCAUCUGCACACCAGACACUGAGUACAUGAAGAAGACCAACUGCUUCAGGCUGCAGCUGCGGGAUGGCUCCGAGUACCUCCUGAGGGCCCCCUCCCAGCCCCUCAUGAACGAAUGGGUCUCCAAGCUGCAGCAGAACUCAGGUUUCCCUGAAGUGGAUUACUUCCAGGCAGCCACACAAUGCAUUGAGAGCCCCAGGGCUGCUGGGGGGUUCUGCAAGGUGCCCAGCCCUGGGAGUCCCCACCUGCAGGGACACCACCAGGCCAUGACUGCCAAGAGCCCGGAGAUUUUGAUGCUGCCCUGCUCUAAUACCCGGCUGCAACAGCCUCUGGGCACCCAGGAUGGCCCAACUGAUGGGACAGUGGCAGCAGUGUGCAUCUCCCAGAUGUCUUGCUCCCCCUGCUCCCAGCAUGUCUCUUUUCUGCUUCAGAGGAUGUCUGUGGUGCCACCAGCCAUGCAGCUGGGUCCAGGGAACAACGGUGGUCACCCAGGAUGUCCCCUGGGCUGUGGGACAACAGCUGCCCAGACACUGACUACGGGCUGGUGGCCAACAAGCGGAGGUCCUACUCCUUCACCUCAGCCACCUACCAGAAGAUCAUGCCUGUGGCUGUGCCCCAGGAGCCACCGGAGGCCGGGAGCAGCUACUCGGUCACGCUGUACAUCAGUGAGCAAGCAGCAGCCAUGCCCAGGGCACGCUGCCACUCCUUCGUGGCCCAGCCAGGGAGCCCACAGGAUGUGCUGGGGGAGAAGACCCCUCGCCCCAAGAACAAAUCAGUCUUCAAGAAGUUCUUUGGGAAGAAGGAGUGACACGAAGUCUGUCCAUUUUCCUCCUCUCAGGUGCCAUCCUUGCACCACGUCUGCUCUCAGCACCAGCUCACCACUCACCCCCUCCCCAGGGUGAGGCUGCACUGCACCCCAGCUCCCCUUUCUGGCACAGGGUGCUUGCCCCCUGGUGUCUCCCCACACGCAGUACAGGCAAGGGUGGGAGGGAUGUUUUUAUUAAAAAACAGAUAGACACUU